UUUUUUUUUUAACUGUCAUAUUUUUCGUUUAUACGAGUUGGCAUAGUUUACUAUGGCGACAUUAUCAACAGGAAAGACAACACCAUCUGCUAAAGCAGCUCGACAGUCUGUGGAACAGGUUGCUCAUGAGUUCAACACAGACAUAAAAAGAGGCUUAAACACAUCAGAUGUACUUGGUUUGCGUACUAUUUACGGAAUCAAUGAACUAGAAGCAGGCGAAGAAGAAUCCCUGUUUUCCAAAUUUAUUGAUUCCUUUAAGGAUCCUCUUAUCUUACUCUUACUCGGCUCUGCCGGUGUUUCUGUCCUUAUGGGUCAGUUUGACGACGCUAUUAGUAUUACUAUGGCUAUUAUGAUUGUAGUUACAGUUGCUUUUGUUCAAGAAUAUCGAUCCGAGAAAUCACUGGAAGCAUUAAACAAACUCGUACCACAUCAUUGUCAUUUAGUGAGAGAUGGACAAAUUGCUGAUGUGUUGGCAAAUGAUUUGGUGCCGGGUGAUAUUGUUCAUUUCGGUGUAGGCGAUCGUAUUCCUGCUGAUUGCCGUUUGGUAUCUAGUGUUGGGUUAGAAAUUGAUGAGUCAAAUUUGACAGGUGAAAACAAGCCCAGAAGAAAGAUUGCCGACGUAUUAGCCACAACUUCAUAUGCUGAGUUAGCUUUGAAUGAACGAGAAAAUAUUGCCUUCAUGGGUACACUUGUACGCAACGGACACGGUGAAGGUAUUGUUGUAGCGACUGGUAAAAGCACUGAAUUUGGUCAUGUUUUUGAGCUUAUGCAAGAGGUCGAAGUAAGAAAGACACCUCUUCAAAUAAGCAUGAACGAUCUCGGCAAACAACUCUCCAUAUUCUCAUUCGGUGUGAUUGGUGUGAUUGUAUUGAUUGGUGUGAUUCAAAAGCGUAGUUGGUUAGAUAUGUUCACGAUUGGUGUGAGUUUGGCUGUGGCUGCUAUUCCUGAAGGUCUGCCUAUUGUCGUCACAGUAACUCUUGCUCUUGGUGUGCUUCGUAUGGCAAAUCGUAAAGCUAUUGUAAAGCAAUUACCUUCUGUUGAAACAUUAGGUAGUGUCAAUGUUGUCUGUGCUGAUAAGACAGGUACCUUGACUGUCAACCAAAUGACUGUCACCAAAGUAUUUACUAUUGAAAACCAAGAGACAUUUGAUUAUGAAUACAAGGUACCUUCCAACAUGUCUGAAGCCUUGCGUCAAACACUUCGUAUUGGUAAUUUGUGUAACAAUGCAUUAGUGGGUGAAAACAACAAGAUCUAUGGUCAGCCUACUGAAAUGGCCUUACUGGAUGUUGUUAUUCGCAGUGGUAUGCAAGAUGAGCGUAUUCACUAUGAUCGUUUAAAUGAAGUUCCUUUUGAUUCUGAUACCAAAUUCAUGUCUGUCACUUGUCGUGAAAAAGAUGACCAAACAACUUCUGGCAUAGUGUAUGUCAAGGGUGCUACUGAAGUCCUCAUUGACAAGUGUACUACUUAUUAUACCUCUGAUUUCACAAAGCAUCCCUUCACACCUGAAUUAAAAGAAGCUGUUACUCAACAUGUUGCUGCUAUGAGUUCUCAUGGUCUCCGUGUGCUCAGUACAGCCUUUGGCUCUAAUGAAAACAACUUGUGCUAUACUGGUUUCUUGGCUGUACAUGAUCCUCCUCGUCCAGGUGUAGGUGAUGCCAUUAAAAAGUUGAUUCAAGGUGGUGUUAAGGUGGUCAUGAUCACAGGUGAUUCUGAAGCCACUGCCAUGUCUAUUGCUCGUCGUUUAUGUAUCCCUAUUAAUUCUAAAGGAAGCUGUAUUACUGGUCAUGAUAUUGAAACCAUGUCAGAACGCCAGUUGCAAGAAAUGAUCCAUUCCGUCUCUGUCUUUGCUCGAACCACCCCCAAGCAUAAGUUAGCUAUUGUACGUGCAUUCCAAGAAACAGGAGCUGUGGUUGCAAUGACCGGUGAUGGUGUCAAUGAUGCUCCUGCCUUGAAAAUGGCUGAUAUUGGUAUUUCCAUGGGCAAGAGUGGUACGGAUGUCUCCAAAGAAGCAGCCGAUAUGAUUUUGGUAGAUGAUGAUUUCUCUACUAUUUUGAAUGCUAUUGAAGAAGGCAAGGCUAUUUUCUACAAUAUUCAAAACUUUUUGACUUUCCAAUUGAGUACAAGUAUCUCUGCUCUCUCUUUGAUUGCUAUCUCUACUUUGUUUGGACUCAAGACGCCUUUGAAUGCUAUGCAAAUUCUUUGGAUUAACAUUAUUAUGGAUGGUCCUCCUGCUCAAUCUUUAGGUGUUGAGCCUGUUGAUCCUGAAAUCAUGAAGAAGCCACCAAGGUCACGUAAUACAAAUAUCUUGACGUCUCGCUUAAUCGCCCGUGUCUUGACUGCAGCUGUCAUUGUUACUUUGGGCACCAUGUUUGUUUAUGUCUCUGAGAUGGCUGAUGGUGUCGUAACUAACAAAGAUGCUACUAUGACGUUUACUACUUUUGUCUUCUUUGAUAUGUUUAAUGCGUUGGCUUGUCGAUCAGAAAAGCAAUCCAUUUUCUCUAUUGGCUUCUUUUCGAACAGAAUGUUUAACAUUGCUGUAGGUGGCUCCAUUGUAGCUCAGAUGUUUGUUGUCUAUGUACCCUUUUUCCAGUCUAUUUUCCAAACAGAGCCCCUUUCUUUGUCUGAAUUGUUCAAAAUUAUUCUAGUGACCAGUACUGUCUUUUGGGUAGAUGAAAUUAAGAAAAUGAUUCGUCACAAAGGCAUUGGAAUUCAAAGAAGUGCAGGAAACUACCGUAUUGUACGCCAAUCAGAAGAAGUUGAAAGUGCUAUUGACCUUGUUUAGACAGUAUAUAUAUAUAUAUAUAUAUAUCAUGAAAAGAAUGACCCUUAGAUCUUACAAUGUAUAAAAUAAACAAUGCCAAAUAAAGAAAUU